AUGAGUUCCAGGGUUCUAAGAAAGCUAGGGAAUGAUGAUUUAGAAGCAACUCUCGCCAAGCUCACUCAGAAAAACAACGAAGAUGUAGAGCCGAGGGCGUCACCUUUGAAGAAGGCGCAAAACGUGAACUUCUUCGCAUUAAUGAACGACGAUGACGAUGAGCAGGAACAAAGUGAUGAAUCGGAGAAUUUGGGUGUGGAAAGCCAGCCAGAAUCAAUCAAAGAUUCACAGUCUCAUUUGGAAAAGCCUUCUCCUGUUUUAUUACCCUCUAAAUCACAGAAAAAGAAGAAUAAAAAGAAGAGGAAAUCCAAACAAAAACCAACUCCAAAGAACUAUAACUCCGAGCAGGACGAUAGGGAGAGUGAUGAGGAGCUUUCUCUUCUAAUCAAGCAAUUCCAAAAAAAAGAUUUUGAAAAAUCAGGCCUUACCGAUCGUGCAAUUUCUGAAAACUCUGAUUCUGAAUAUGACACGGCACAUGAGGAGGACUAUAAUCAAGAGAAAAGAGGAUACGACAUCAGGUAUGAUCCUGGAUUUACAAGAUACAAAUCAUAUAAUGAGAUCUUAGCAAUAUUUGGUGAGCUAGAUAUGAAGAGUUUAAAUCCCGAUAAUGAGUUUAAGUUGUUGUUUGACGAUAUCUCUGCAGAAGCUUUAGCUGAUGUAGAUUCAAUGACUUCAACACAUGUAUCACCUCAGGUUCUUAAGCAACUGGAAAGAAUGAAACGACUAGUUCGUAACUGGGGUGGUAAAGAUCACAGAUCGGUUCCAAACGGGUCCGCCGUGCGCCGUCUGGCUUUUACGAAAAUCAGAGAUGACUGGUUGCCCACAACAAGAGGGGAACUAGUUAUGAAAGCGCUUUCAUCGGAGGAUAUUGAGAAUUGGCUCUGCUGGAUGCGCCCACAGGAUUGGAGGGAUGAAAUCAAAAAGACCACUAAUAAGUGGCUGUCCAAAGGAUUUGAAUUCUUUAAGUUUGAACCUUUAAGUUCCGAAAUAAGCAGAAAGGAAAUGACAGAGUUUUAUAUGAGUGUGGUUUUGCAUCCAGACCAUGAGGCAUUGAUAAAUCUUAUAUCAUCAAAAUAUCCCUAUCACGUUCCAAGUUUACUGCAAGUUGCAUUAAUAUUAGUUAGACAAGGCGAUAAGACGAACUCAAAUGGACUGGUUGAACGUGCAUUAUUUGUUUUCGAUCGUGCUUUGAGAGCCAACAUUACGUUUAACGGAAAAUCAUGUCAACUACCCUAUAUCUUUUUUUUCAAUAGACAGUUUUAUCUGUCUAUUUUCAGAUAUAUUCAGAUCAUUUCCCAAAGAGGUGCUAUUUCUACUGCAAGCUGCUGGUGCAAAGUACUCUGGUCAUUAUCUCCUCUUGAAGAUCCUCUAGGAUGCAGAUACUUCCUUGAUCACUUCCUUUUAAUCAAUGAAGAGUACACCUUCUUAUUAAAAACUGCGAAGUCUCCUCUUGUGACUACUUACACACAAUGGUAUACACUUGGACUUUCCCUAGGAUCUGUAUUGAGCUAUCUACGCCUAGAUUCUAUUAACGAAGCACGAAAUGAACUGCGAAAAUGUUUUCAGUACCACGCUGCUGCUUUGAAGCGAAUUUUUAUCGAAGUCACAGCAGGCGAUCAGAAUUCAUUGGGGAAAUUGUUGAAACUUGCUGAAAAUAAUACGAACACUUUGGAAUCCAAAGCUUACAUUCUACGCAUGAAAACACUAUGGGGGGUAUCAGAUUUGAAAUUUUUCCAUGACGAAAUGGUUCCGAUUAUCAAAGAAUACAAUAGUGGCUCACUGCAGAUUGAAAUUCAAGAAGAGGUCAGUUUGGACAACAAUUUUUUUAUCCAAGGCAUACCUGUUAACCUUUUGCGUUUUGCAAUUUUAUCACAAGAGUCACCUGUGAUGGCAUGCAUCCCAGAAAGUAUCUGGUCUACUCACGAUGUGUAUGAGUUUGAUGUUUUACCUCCAGUUCCAACAGAUAAAGAGAGUAUGGAAGUUGUUGAAACGAUAAAAACUCAUAUAAGUGAGGAAGAUUUGAGUAUUCAUCAAUUGGAAAUGAUGCAAGACGAAACCAUUCUGAAUCAAAUUAGACAACUUUCAUUGGAACAGUUUAUGCAAGAAAAUCCGAAUGCAGGAAUUGAAGAAUGA